UAUGACGAUCUAAUUAAAUAAUAGCACGCCGGAACAGAAAGAGAAGGCAGAGCAAAACAAAGCGAAAUCAAAAUCCCCAGAGGCGCUGGCGAGGCAAGGGCACUAGCUUUGCCUCGCAGCUGAAGCCACCAGGCGACGGAGAUCGGGUGCGGCCCUGCCCGGGAGAGCAGAGGCAUCGGCGCCGUGACGCCGAUAAGUCCGAUUCGGCCGCGCCAUAUCCCGCCGCCGGAUUCGGCGGGAACCGGGGGCCGCCCGCCGUGGAGCGUCCGCGAGGUGACCGGAGCCCGCCGCCCCUGUCCAAUGUCGGCGGAGAGAGCGGCGGUUUAUGUCCCUGUCUCGGCCAGUGGCGGUUGUUGGGAACUGUUCGAAGUCGCCUGAGGCGUGGAGCUGAACUGGGUGUGUCCUGUCGAAAAUAUGUGAAGAUUUGGGUCAGUGACUAAAUUCGACAGUGUGCUGCGCUGUGAAGUUCUACAAGUUGUUUUCAGUGAUCGGGAAUCAUGGAGUCACGGAUGGAUCAAUACGAAAUUAUGGAACAGAUUGGCCGUGGUGCCUUCGGUGCUGCCAUCCUCGUGAACCACAAGACUGAGAAGAAAAAGUAUGUGUUGAAGAAAAUACGGCUUGCGAGGCAGACUGAGCGCUGCCGCAAGUCUGCUCAUCAAGAGAUGGCUCUUAUUGCUCGCCUGCAACAUCCUUACAUUGUUGAAUUCAAGGAGGCAUGGGUUGAGAAGGGCUGCUACGUUUGCAUUGUGACGGGAUACUGUGAAGGUGGUGAUAUGGCUGAACUGAUGAAGAAGGCAAAUGGGACGUACUUCCCGGAGGAGAAAAUGUUGAGAUGGUUUGCUCAAUUGGCUCUAGCUGUUGGCUACUUGCAUUCGAACUAUGUUUUGCACCGAGACCUCAAGUGCUCAAACAUAUUUCUCACAAAAGAUCAGGACAUUCGUCUUGGGGAUUUUGGCCUGGCUAAGACUUUAAAGGAAGAUGAUUUAACAUCUUCGGUUGUGGGAACACCAAAUUACAUGUGCCCAGAGCUGCUCACAGACAUUCCUUAUGGAUUCAAGUCGGACAUCUGGUCUCUUGGAUGUUGUAUGUAUGAGAUGGCUGCUCAUCGACCUGCUUUCAAGGCUUUUGAUAUGGCUGGACUUAUAAGUAAGAUAAAUCGCUCAUCCAUUGGCCCUUUGCCUACUUGCUACUCUUCAUCUAUGAAAACACUUAUCAAAAGCAUGUUGAGGAAGAGUCCUGAACAUCGGCCUACUGCAUUUGAGAUUCUGAAAAAUCCAUACCUACAACCUUAUGUUAAUCAACACCGCCCAUUUUCUGAUGUACCACAUCCUAUGCGAUCACCAGAGAAAUCCAUUACCAGUUCACGGAGCAGUAGGAGAAGCAUGUCUGGGAGCCAGUGUAGUAGCAUUUCUGGCACUGGCAGUGAUAUGGACAGUAUACAAUCAAGUGAAAGAAACACGUCAGGGCUAGCUUCAAGUUCCAACACCACCACCAUUGAUACUGAAGAUGCUGAAGCCACUGAUGAUGUGUCAGUUAAAAGAUUUUCAACACCACAUGAUCUUAAAAGCUGUAAGAACACUGCUCGUAGUAACCUGGAGAGACAAGAUUCAUGCAAGUCCAUACAUGUCGAUCAGCAUCCAAAAUAUGUGAGUAAGCAGCCAAAGAUCAUCAAGAAGAUACUAACAACUCUACGGGAGGAGACUAGUAAGCUCAGGGUACACAAUUCACCUUUGAGAGCUAGCCGUGUAAAGCUAUGUCCACCUAGCCAUAGAGAGCGCUCACCUGAUGAUUCAAAGCAUAACAGUGAUAUCUCCUCCAGUUCAAAGUCUAGUGAAGUGACAUCACAUGAGUCAGGAAAGGCCACCUUUGAACCUGCGAAACAGAUACAAGAAUCUCCUCCGAUGAAACAUUUGUCACCAAUUGGUGAGCAUUCUCCAAAGUCAAAUAUUAAAGUGGAUGAGCUGCAUCACCUAGACUCUGCCAAGCAGACAAUGGAAAACGUUGAUGCAGCUGAAGGAAAGGUUAAGAACAGGAUGCUACCCAAAUUUAAUAAACGCCCUAGCUUCCCUCCUCGUCGACAAAUGGGAGCAGAGAGUCCACAGCACACUGGGACACAACGGGCUCACAAUAAGGUCGUCACGGAGCAUGCAAAAAGUCCUUGUCAACCUGCCCAUGGCCCAAAAAAUGCUCUCACUGAGCCUCCUGGUAUUCUUAUAGCUCCUCCAAGUCCCCUGGGAGGUAUUCCAAUAAAAGUUGGUAAUUCACGGGCAAAAUCUACCCCACUAAAGGCUGUAGCAACCAAGGAAGUCAGCACUGCUUGCUCCAGUUCUACAGUUGAUUAUGCUGAUGGUAUCAGGCAGACCGGUGAACCUGAUUCUCCAACUAACUUGGUUUCAUCCUGUAAAUGCCCGAUACCUGACUCUGCCAUACAAAAGCAUGACCUAACGGCUAUUCCAAGUCCAGAGCUCAACACCACCACUUUGCAGAAAAGUAUAGCUAGUAGUGAUGAUAUUAGUCUUAGUUCAGCCUUGGACCCAUCUUUUGAUGUAUCUGAGCAAGAUUUUAUCUGCAAGGAUGAUGUGCCCUGCAGUAAGAUGGGGCAGAGCACUGCAGUUGUAACUGUGGAGAGUGAUGAGGAUAAGUUCACAGUUCAAGAACUGCUUUCAUCGGUACCAGAUAUUCUUCCCUUUGAUUCAACAACGAACAUUGCACUAGAUGAAGGACCUGCUUCUGUCCAUCACUCGUCACAGAAAGUACCGGUUUUUCAUUUGAGCCCUGCAGUUGAGGAUGCUAAUGUGAUAAGGCGCAGCAGUUUCUGUCUCGGUAAUGAGCAGGUAGUAACAGAGAAUGCUGAAAUGGGGAUCCAAAGCACAGAUGUUAGCCAUCUUCAGGACGUGAUAAAAGAAGAGGUGGAUGUGAGAAGCAUCCCACCAAAUCAUAUACCUUCAGUACUCAUUGAUUCUGCUGCUGCGAAGCCAAAUGUUUCAGAAGCUACUACUAUCUGUCCGGAACUGGCCAGUUCAGAUGUGGUAAAAUUACCCUCUAUCCCAGAAGCAAAUUCUAUGUCAAAAGAAAUACUAGAUGUCAAGUCAUUUAGGCAGCGAUCCGAGGCUCUUGAAGGGUUGUUGGAGCUGUCUGCAGAUCUUCUGCAAAACAAUAGGUUGGAGGAGCUUGCGGUUGUUCUCAAGCCGUUUGGGAAGGCUAAAGUGUCCCCCCGAGAAACGGCGAUCUGGUUGGCCAGAAGUUUUAAAGGGUUAAUGAAUGAUGAAGCGAGUCGCAGUUCAUUGUGAGUGCUCAUAACAUUGACCUUUUAUUUUCUGCGCUCAGUCACCAAAGUUGUAAAAUUUUACCACAUUGCGGCGAUUGCGCCUCUUCAUAUUGUGUGAUAUACCAGUCCCAUACACCCCCAUGUUUGCACCCCAACAGUUUCCAGUUCUGCACAGUACAUUUUGUAAAUAGCCCAAACUUGCAAACAGAAAUGUACUGUAAGACACAUCUACAUAAUCAAGGGCCACUUUGGUCUAAUAUUUAUUUUUUCUGUUUA